CACGGGGAGACGUGCGCAUGCGCCAGAGGAGGACGAGUGGCCGCGCGGAAAGGGUUUCCCACGUGGGUGGGGGCUGGCUCGCGGAUUUGCGCGUUCCAACGGGGCGAAAGCAAGCGAUCCAAAGGGAUUGCUUCUGAAACUCAGGUGCCCAGAACUGAACGCAGUAUUCCAGAUGAGGCCUGACCAAUGCAGAAUAUAGUGGGACUAUUACUUCCCUCGACCUGGAAACUAUAGCUCUGUUUAUGCAGCCCAAAACCACGUUUGCCUUUUUUGCCGCAGCAUCACACUGCUGGGUCAUGUUCAACUUGCGAUCCACUACAAUUCCAAGGUCCUUCUCACAUGCACUACUGCUAAGCCAGGUUGCUGUCUCCCCAGACCCCUUGAGGAUGUCAAACCACAACACUGAGAGGAAUAAUCCCAAAACUCACAAGAACCUUGGGAAUCCACCCAGGCAUCCUGGGUCUUUCAGGAAAAAAGAUUCAGAAGUUUUCAUCGGUAAUCUCCCACUGGAUGUCAAAGAGAUGGAAAUGGUGCUCUUGCUGAAGGAGUUCGGUGUGAAGUCCGUCAAGAAGUGCAUGUCGCUUUGUAGCAGUUUUGUGUUUCUGGAGCUGGCGUCCCCCGAGGCGGUGCAGCUAGCUGUCCAGUGUCUGAACGGGAGCCUGGUGCGCGGGAGGCGUAUAACUGUGGCCGUUGCGGAGGACAGGCGGCCCCACGAGCCGGCGAAGAUAAACACAGGGAUGCCGGAUUUGGAACUUGUCCUCUGCGAAGAGCUUGGACUGAACUCUGAUCCUGUCCCCAAAGCCGACACCCAGAUCUUGACCCCUUCGAAGCAGAAGGCUCUUUACGCUGUUCCCAUUGAAAUGAGAACCUCCUUCCUGGUGCACAUGUUGAAAGAUUGCUUUCAGGAGGUCAGUUGGCUGCUCUCCAUUGCGAAAGUCACUGGAAAAGUGGGGCUCCUGGUGAUGGAUACCAUUCCACAGUCCCCUUACUUCUGGGCCAUCCACCUCACGAAGGAAUGCCAUCAAAAUAUGCAAAAGCUGUUCACUGCCUUGGCAGAAGUUGAGUCUCAGGUUCCCUUUCUGAUCAAGCAAGACGUCCACCAAGGGACACGGUGCCUGGCAGAGUGCGUUGUAGGGAACGAAGGCAAUGCCUGGAACAGGUGCUGGGUUUUGGAAAAGGCGGAGGAUCUGGCAAUGGUGUUCUUUGUGGACUUUGGGCACUCCGCCACUGUCCCCUUGAAUUCCCUGCGGAAGCUGGACAGAGAUGAAUUCUGGAAAAUAAAACCUCUGGCGCAGCCGUUUGCACUCCAAGAAGGUGUUUUCCCGCCUCAAGUCAUGAUGCGACAGAUUCUGGAAGGGAAGGUGGUCGGCCAGUUGCAGAGAGAGCCGCACAUUUUGAAGUUCGCCCUCGAAGCAAACUAGGAAGAAGUCGUUCAAAGGAACUGGAGAGAACACUGAUGGGACGAGCUGCUGGGAGAAGGGAUUAUAAAUGUUGCUUUUGAUGGGAGAUGGAUGAGCGUAAAGAUAUUUGGCUUUAGAGUCUCGCCCCCCCCCCAAUUCAAUUCAGUUGUUUUUGCUUCUGGAUCUGCUUAAAAGCAGUUUGUUGAGUUGCGUUCUCUUUAAAAUGAAGAAGAUGAGACUGCUUAGUAGAUGCUGUGACAGGAACUAAAAUAUCAUUGUGUUGAGAUAAAGCACUUUGCAUCUUAAGUUUCUGGAUAAACUCUUGAUGCUGAGGUGGGGCUGUCCUUCCCACCUUGUUUCUGAAUUUAGCAUGUUACAAUUAAAUGUCUAUAUCCAAAA